AUGGCCGCCAAAUCGGACGGAGCCGCUGCAUCUCUCGUAACCUCGGCUUCCGCGUGCGCGCGCGACAAGGAGCCCGAGGCGCGGUGCGUCCUCGCGGGACCGGAAGAGCUCCGGGACCGCUCCCGACGGCACGCGCUGCUCGACUGCUGCUGGGUGCUCUGCGCGCUGCUCGUCUUCUUCUGCGACGGCGCCACGGACGUGUGGCUCUCGGCCGACUACUACGCGCGCCGCGACUACUGGUGGUUCGCGCUCACGCUGCUCUUCGCCGCGCUGCCGUCCGCCGUGGUGCAGGUGCUCAGCUUCCGCUGGUUCGUCUACGACUACACGGUGGAGACGGAAGAGGACGCGGCGGCGGCGGCUGCGGCGCGCUCGCGGAGCCGCACGCUCAAGUGCUGCCGCGCGUGCAUGUGGACCUUCCAGUCCCUCGUGCACAUCCUGCAGCUCGGCCAGAUGUGGAGGUACAUACACACGCUGUACUUGGGUGUGCAGAACCACUGGUAUCGCCACUGCUACUGGCGCCUGAUGUUUGAGACGGCUGAUGUGAACAUGCUAAGGCUGCUGGAGGCUUUCCUGAAGAGCGCGCCACAGCUUGUCCUGCAGCUCAGCAUCAUGAUCCACAGCAAACACAUCCUGCCACUGCAGGGUCUCUCCACCUCGGCCUCCUUGGUCUCCUUAGCCUGGAUGAUUGCCUCCUACCAGAAGGUCCUUCGUGACUCCAGAGAUGACAAGCUACCCAUGUCCUACAAGGCAGUGAUUGUGCAGAUGCUAUGGCACCUCUUCACCAUUGGCGCACGUACCAUCGCAUUCGCGCUCUUCGCCUCUGUCUUCCAGCUGUACUUUGGCAUCUUUGUUGUGGCUCACUGGUGCGCCAUGACCUUCUGGAUCAUCCAAGGCGAGACUGACUUUUGCAUGUCCAAGUGGGAGGAGAUAAUUUACAAUAUGGUUGUGGGCAUCAUUUACAUCUUCUGCUGGUUCAAUGUCAAGGAGGGUCCAGCGCGAUGCCGCUUAACCACGUACUACUGUGUGAUUUUGGUGGAGAAUGCUGUACUCACAGCCACCUGGUAUGCAUACAGGGGCCCACACACCUCAGACUUCUAUGCCCUUAUCAUUGUGUGUGUGGUAGUAUGUAGCUAUGCCUUGGGAACCUUUUUUAUGUUUGUCUAUUACUGCCUGCUCCAUCCUGAUGGCCCAGUCCUGGGUUCACAUUGGAGCUGCAUGGAGGAAGGAAUUGGUGCAAUAGGACUUGGGGGUAUGGGGGACCUGGGGACACCUCUGCCCCAACCAGAUGUUGUGACAAGUCCCCCAAGAACCUUGCAGAGGACUAAGGAUGGGGAACGGGAAUCAGGGGACAAGGAGAGCUGCCUGCCUGUUUUUCAGGUGAGGUCCAUCAGUGUGGCUCCUGCUCCUUCUCCUCGAACACCAAAACUUGAGGGCCCUGUUAUCCGCAUCGACCUCCCCAGGAAGAGCUAUCCAGCCUGGGAUGCACACUUCAUCGACCGCCGGUUAAGAAAAACCAUUUUGGUGCUGGAGAAUACAUCACCCGUGACGCCUAGGAUUCAGUACCGCAGCCUUGGCAGCCCAAAAGAGGUGAUGGAGUAUGAGACUACUGUGUAGUUGCAACUCCUGACCUCUUGUCAGUAGGGACCUCGCCUGUGGCUCUGCUUCUCUGUGUAGAGAAGAAGUGAAGAGGAAAGCAAUGCUGGGAGGUUCCCAGAAAACCAUUGGUGCUCUAAGGCAUUUGGGUGCACAGAACAUGGGACCUUGAAUUCGCCUUGAAAGUUCACAAAGUUGAGUGAAAAGGGUUAACUGUAAAUGAGAGUGAUAUUUAAGAAUUCUACCACAAUGCCAGCCAUAAGUACUGACCUAAAAAGAGGGGUGAUGACCUGUCCAUAGAUGUUUUGAUGAUGAUAUGCAUGGGUGUGAUGAUGAUGGUGAUAAAUAUAAGUAGGAGAUUUCAGGUGAUACAUGUUCAAUGCUAGAAGAACUGGCCAAUCAGUCCUGGACUGUCCUGGGAGCUGCACAGGUCUAAAUCUAAUGAAUGUUAGUAACUUGAAAACAGUACCAGUUGUGUAUUAUAUUGCUUAUGUGAAUGGUAAGAUUACCCAGUUGAAUCAUCAUGAUUUAUUUAUUGAUUGAGUAGAUUUAUUUUUUUGUUACUAUGUGGCGAUGAUAAAAAAUAUUUUCUAUCGUAUAUCAGCGUAUACAUAUAAUCAUUUUGUUAUAUGUAUACAAUAUAUUGGAAUGGUAUCACUGUGUAGGUACGUAUGAAUGUUUUUUUGGGUUGUCUGUAUGUUCAACUGGUCUUUGAUCAUACUGCAUUGUUUAUCUGUAACGGUAAAGGACAGAAAAAAAAUAUUUAUGAAGAAAAAAAAUGGGUUAACAAUGCCCUGAUAAUGAUGCAUUAUGACUAAAAUGUAGUUGGAAAAAAU